UUGGCAUCGUAACGUUACUGUCUCACGCAGCAGUGCUAUCGAGCUAGCUAGGCUAUUAGCUAGUCUUCCGAUAUUGUAGCUGAGACGCACCGGCUACAACAACAUUACGGUGCUGUAUUGAGUCAUACCUCUGCCUAAAUUUAAGACAAAGAGUUGUAUCUAAUUGAAGGAACUGAAAUAUAGAUCUUCAAUAAACUAAUUGAAGAUGAUUAAGCUCUUUUCUCUGAAGCAGCAGAAGAAAGACGAGGAAUCUGCUGGAGGAAACAGAACAGGAGCCGGGGGUAAAAAAGCAAGCGCGGCCCAGCUUCGAAUACAGAAAGGUAGGCUAACUGGCUUCUUUAAAAUCAGAUGGUUUAUUUUUAAACCAUGAACAUAUUUGUUUAAUUAACUUGUCUGUCCACAUGGUUAAUAAACAAAGACACAACAAAAACGGGUGUGUAUUGCCAUAGGAGGCUGAGCUAGUUACCUAGCUAGUUGGCUAACCAUCUGGCUAACGUUAGCUAGCUAUUAUGAAAACAAAACUCAAAACGUCGCAGCCAGAAGAUGGUGAAGGCAGGGAGUCAACUCAAAUUUACAGCACUUCUUGUUAGUUAGCACCCUUGUAAGUUAGUUAAUGUGCCCUGCUAGUUAACUAGUGACUUAGAUAGCUAGCUAACUUACUGUAUAUUUGGUAAUUUGUUUAGUAGCUAGCUAAGUUAUCAAUGUUUCAAUUUAGAUGUGCCACUAAGCAGUUCGUGCAAAAGAGAAAACACAAGCUACCAGUAGCUACACCCAUUAAGCAGAUUAAAGUUAGUUAGCUUGCUACUUCUGUCUGAUGCUAACUAGUUCAAAAACGUGGGUUAUUAUUAUUGUUAAUUAUUCAACCGAAUAUCACAAAUGUGUCUUACACUAUUGAGGAUAUCACUAUUGGUGUUAUUGAGUAACGUAAAAGUAACCUUUGCUUUUCAUUAGUCAGCAACUUAUACAAUUCUAGUUAGCUGUACUGACUUGGAGUAACUAUCACUAGCCAGGAUGUUUGCCUCACUUACUUACUUACCAAGGUUGCAAACAUAGUUUCUGGCCAGUGUGUUGGAGUACACUGUUUGUCACAAAGUAACUGUGUACAACAUGUAGAUAGGCUAGUUAAUGUUAUUAAUGCAAAGAUACAUGUGAGACAUUGAAACUUUUCAUACCUUUCAUGACAGAACACAUGACACUUGGAACAGUUAAAGACUGACUGGGAGUUGGAUGGCAAGAAAUAUGUUUUAUAACCUCAGCCUUAUAAAGUAGUUACAGAGUUGUUAAGCCAGGUCUUUCGCUAAUAAUAUUGAUUCAAAAGUGAACUUGACAUUUCCAGCUGUCCAGAAUGAGGAAAUGCUGUGGUUGGAUAUAUGUGAAAAGACAUGAACCAUGUUUUGAAAAGCCCCACACAACCACGUAAACAAAUGUUUUCCCAGAUACUUGGAUAAUGGAAUUUAAACCACCCCUGUGAUGAGUGUGGUGGUUUUGUUCCAAUGGCUCAGUUGUUUGGUGCAUGAUCCUUGUAACACCAUGGACCUCAUAUAAGAUAUCCAGUUGGCCUUUAAUUCAAGCUGCUGUAUAGACUCAAGCCCAUGAUUUUGAAAGAUUAAGCUAAUCUUUGAUUUCAUAGUGGAUGAAGGCCACCUAAAACCAACGGGACCUAUAUACCGUGACCAAUAUACUUAAAGAAUGUUGUUUAGUUAUUAGGCUAGAGGACCACAACAUAGUCAGGAAUUGGUUUUCCUCAUUUUUAAGUGAACUGACUCUGUUCGCAUAUUAAACUCUGUAGAAAAAGAUCAGGUGUGUUAUUCAAAGCAGAAUAUAGGAAAUACUGCGGGGCGACCAUUACAGUUUGAAAGACCUCAGAGUGAGAGGGAAAAUACCACCACUGGUGUGGGAUCACCCCAGCACUUCAGAAGGAAUCAUUGGACGGUGUUCAUUGGACUGCGUUGCUCAGGUGCCUUCAAUACCAUUUACACGCCACUUUUUGUCAGUUUUUUUUAAAAAGCGGGAAAAAAUAACACUUUAGUUUUCAUAUUUCUGCCAGGCAGGUUUCAUUCAUGCCACUGAAAAGAAAUCGAUGCAAAAACUCUGUUAUUCAUUGAGACAUAUUAAUUUUCUCCUUACUCUCUCGCAGACAUCAAUGAGCUGAACCUCCCAAAGACGUGCGAGAUCGUCUUCCCCGACCAAGAUGAUCUGCUCAACUUCAAACUGAUCAUCUCACCAGACGAGGUCUUCACUCUUUCCUGAAACAAGUUGUAGCUACUAGCUACUUGUCAGAGAGAAUCCUCCAUAUGUCAUAUGUGUUUAUUAAACCUUUAACUAUUGUACUCAAACUUGUACAGUUGCAACUAAUGAAUGGUUUGUAAUGCUAACGUGGUGGCUUAUCAACUAAUAUCCAAGGAUAAAUACUUUGUACACAAUGUAUUAUUUAGCACUGUACAUUGACAUUAUCUCAUGCCAACCCACCAAACAGGCUAUGAACAGCAUUCAUAGAAACCCAUAUGUAAACACAUUCUCAGGUUAUUUUCUCUCUUUUUAGGGCUUUUACAAAGGGGGAAAGUUUGUCUUCAGCUUUAAGGUAAGGGGGCUUAAUGUGGGUGGACAGACAUCGGGACGACAUGAGUCACUACACCCUUGCUUUACUUUCACACUAAACUGUUGUUAAUGGCAUUACACCUACUUGAUAGCUAUUGUUUUGUGGUAUUUUUAGGGUCACAAUUUGGUAUCAGACGUUUUUAAUGUCAGUAUUGACUGGUUAAAGGCCCAGUGCAGUCAGAAAUGUGAUUUUCCUGUGUUUUAUAUACACUCAGUGGCCCGUUUUUGGUACACCCACCUACUACUGUGUCGGACCCCCCUUUGCCUCCAGAAUAGCCUGAGUUCUUCAAGGUGAUUCUACAAGGUGUGGUGUUCAAACGUUGCUCAGUUGGUAUCAAGGGACCACACCAUUACACCACCGCCAUCAGCCUGUACCGUUGACACCAGGCAGGAUGAGGCCUUGGACUCAUGCGACUUAUGCCAAAUCCUGUCUCUACCAUCAGUAUGACGCAACAGGAACCAGGAUUUUUCCCGCUCCUCAAUUGUCCAGUGUUGGUGAUCUCGUGCCCACUGGAGGCGCUUCUUGUUGUUUAUAGCUGAUAGGAGUGGAACCCGGUGUGGUCGUCUGCUGCAGUAGCCCAUCCGUGACAAGGUCAGACGAGUUGUGCGUUCCGUGAUGCCGUUCUGCACACCACUGUUGUACUGCGCCGUUUGUGGCCCGCCUGUUAGCUUGCACGAUUCUUGCCAUUCUCCUUUGAACUCUCAUCAACAAGCGGUUUUCACCAACAGGACUGCCGCUGACUGGAUGUUUUUUGUUUGUCGCACCAUUCUCGGUAAACCCUAGACACUGUCGUGCGUGAAAAGCCCAGGAGGAACCGACGCUCCUGGCACCUACGAUCAUACCACGCUCAAAGUCGCUUAGGUCACUUGUUUUGCCCAUUCUAACGUUCAUUCAAACAGUAACAGAAUGCCUCAAUGCCUGUCUGCCUGCUUUAUAUAGCAAGCCAUGGCCACGUGACUCACUGUCUGUAGGAGCUAACCAUUUUUGUGAAUGGGGUGGUGUACCUAAUACAUUGAUCACUGAGUGUAUAUUUCCACACUAUGAGGAUGGAAUAAUACUGUGAAAAUUAUUAUAAAGUCGUUUUAGUGUAAGAGCUGUUUUGAAAAGACCACCUGAAAUUUCGGCCUGUUUUAGUGGGAUGGAGUUUUGGCCUGCCUGGUGACAUCACUAGGCGGACAUUGGUUAAUAGACUAAUGAGAACCAGAGUUCCAAACCUUAAUUCCAAUAACAGCUAUUUUUUUCGUUUUCCCCUCUACACUCGGACUACUCCCAGACAGUCCCAGCAAAAUUCUUGCUUGAGAAACUGCUCUUUGCUAAGAAGCUGUUUUGGCUUCUUGUUUACCAUUUUAACUGAAAACAAUCACAGUAAGAUUCUUAUUUGUUACCCAGAAAUUAUUUGAUAUUGAGAUAAAAAUGGCUGCACUGGACCUUUAACAAAAGUUGUGCUGUUGCAUGUUUUUAGAUUCAAGCUGUUCUCUUUUUUGUUUUUCUGAUUCUAAAUGCCUUAAAGAGAUUCUCCGGUACUUGUGUAUACUUUUUAGACAGUAGUUCUGAAAGUAGCGCUCACAAGCCAAAAGUGGCCCCUGAAAAUGGUGUACUAAAUCACAUACGCUGAUACAAAACAUUAAGAGCACCGUCCUAAUAUUGAGUUGCCCUCAGAACAGCCUCAAUUUGUCGGGGCAUGGACUCUACAAGGUAUCGAAUGCGUUUCUCAAGGAUGUUGGUCGAUGUUUACUCCAAUGCUUCCCACAAUUGUGUGAAGUUGGCUGGAUGUUCUUUGGGUGGUGGACCAUUCUUGAUACACACAGGAAACUGUUGAGCGUGAAAAACCCAGCAGCGUUGCAGUUCUUUACACAAACCGGUGCGCCUGGCACCUACUACCGCACCCCGUUCAAAGGCACUUUACAGUGCCUUCAGAAAUCCCUUGACUUCUUCCUCAUUUAGUUGUGUAACAGAAUUUCAAAUAGAUUAAAUUGAGAUUUUUUGUCACUGGCCUACACACAAUACCCCGUAAUGUCAAAGUGGAAAUAUGUUUUUCGGAAUUUUUACAAAUGUAAUAAAAAAUGAAAAGCUGAAAUGGCUUGAGUCAAGUAUUCAACCCCUUUCUUAUGGCAAGCCUAAAUAAGUUCAGGAGUAAAAAAUUAGCUUAACCAGUCACAUAAGUUGCAUGGACUGACUGUGUGCAAUAAUAGUGUUUAACAUGCUUUUUGAAUGACUACCUCAUCCCUGUACCCCACACAUACAUACAAUUAUCUGUAAGGUUACUCAGUCGACCAGUGCAUUUCAAACAUAGAUUCAACCUCAGACCAAGGAGGUUUUCCAAUGCCUUGCAAAGAAGGGCACCUAUUGGUAAAUGGUUAAAAAAAAAAAGCAGACAUUGAAUAUUCCUUUGAGCAUGGUGAAGUUAUUAAUUACACUUUGGACGGUGUAUCAAUACACCCACUCACUACACAGAUGCAGGCGUCCUUGCUAACUCAGUUGCCGGAGAGGAAGGAAACCGCUCAGGGAUUUCACGAUGAGGCCAAUGGUGACUUUAAAACAGUUACUGAGUUUAAUGGCUGUGAUAGAAAAUUGAGGAUGGAUCAACAUUGUAGUUACUCCACAAUACUAACGUAAUUGACAGUGUAAAGAAGGAAGUCUGUACAUAAUAAAAAAAAUAUUCCAAAACAUGCAUCCUGUUUGCAACAAGGCGCUAAAGUAAUUAACUUUUUGUCCUGAAAAGUGUUAUGUUUGGGGCACAUUCAAUACAACACAUUACUGAGUACCACUCUUCAUAUUUUCAAGCAUAGUGGUGGCUGCAUCAUGUUUUGGGUAUGCUUGGAAUCGUUAAGGACUGGGGAGUUUUUCAGGAUAACAAAUAAACGGAAUGGAGCUAAGCACAGGCAAAAUCCUAGAAGAAAAUCUGGUUCAGUCUGCUUUCCACCAGACACUGGGAGAUGAAUUCACCUUACAGCAGGACCGUAACCUAAAACACAAGGCCAAAUCUACACUGGAGUUGCUUUACCAAGAAGACUGUGAAUGUUCCUGAGUGGCCAAAUUACAGUUUUGACUUAAAUCUGUUUGAAAAUCUUUGGCAAGACUUGAAAUGGUUGUCUAGCAAUGAUCAACAACCAAUUUUGACAGCGCUUGAAGAAUUUAGAAAAUAAUAAUGGGCAAAUAUUGUACAAUUCAGGUGUGCAAAGCUCUUAGAGACUUACCCAGAAAGACUCACAGCUGUAAUCUCUUCCAAAGGUGAUUGUAACAUGUACUGACUCAGGGGUGUGAAUACUUAUGUAAAUGAGAUAUUUCUGUAUUUCAUUUUCAAUACAUUUGCUAAAGUUCUAAAAACAUGUUUUCACUUUGUCAUUAUGGGGUAGAUGGAUGAGAAAAAAAAAUAUUUAAUCUAUUCUGAAUUCAGGGUGUAUCACAACAAAAAUGUGCAGUUAGUCGGGGUAUGAAUACUUUCUGAAGGCACUGUGUCUUUUGUCUUGCCCAUUAAACCUCUGAAUGGCACACAUACACAAUUCAUGUCUCAGUUGUCUCAAGGUUUAAAACCCCUUCUUUAACCUGUCUCCUCUCCUUCAUCUACACUGAUUUGAAGUGGAUUUAACAAGUUACCUCAAUAAGGGAUCGUAGCUUUUACCUGGAUUCACCUGGUCUGUCUAUGUCGUGGAAAAAGCAGGUGUCCUUAAUGUUUUGUGCACUCAGUGUAAGUGAAGAUAUGUGCACCACGUCAUUGCUCUCUCUCUGGCUCGACUGUGUGGGCAUCUUGUUAGCUCUCACUCAAAUGGAAAGGGCUGAAGCUCAUUGGCUAGAACUCAAAUUGCUAGGGGCUGGCUCACGUGGGGGAAAAUGUAUGGGAAAUGGUGCAAUACAGCUUCCAAAAAAACUGUCGCUUUCAAACUAGGGAUUUUGUGUCUAAUUGAGGUAAGACAGUAAUUCAGAUCAUAGAUUAUGCAUGUAUGAACUACACAUUGACACAUUCAGCCCAUAGCGGGAGGUUUAAAAAAUACUUAGUAGUCGCCAAAGUUCCCGAUCAUGUCUUUAAGAAUCUUGAUGGUAAGCAUGUUGUUAAUAACUCAGUCGUUAGUCGAAAGAAAGUGAAUGGAUAAAGGUCAGAGAAUAUCUUCCUUUGACUACUUGUGACUGCUCUGUUUUACAGGUAGGACAGGGCUACCCUCAUGACCCCCCGAAGGUGAAGUGUGAGACAAUGGUGUACCACCCAAACAUUGACUUGGAGGGCAAUGUCUGCCUAAAUAUCUUGAGGUACACAACCUGCACUGUGGCCACUUUGUUGGCACUUUGUGGUCACUUUGUUUUCAUUGUCUGGUUUGAUAAUUCAGAAUGACUACAGAAUUCUACAUUUUUACUAUUAUACUGAGCAGUGUCUUUAACAUCUAUUUUUCUCUUACAGAGAGGACUGGAAGCCUGUGUUGACAGUUAACUCGAUCAUAUAUGGACUACAGUAUCUAUUUCUAGUGAGUACAGGGAAUAUUCUAUUUCCAAUUUUGCCCAGCCAAGUUUGAUUACUCUUCCUUGUUCACCAUGCUUAGAAUCAGGAAUGUAGCAGGAUGUACAGUGCAUUCGGAAAGUAUUCAGAUCCCUUGACUUUUUCCACAUUUUUGUUACGUUACAGCCUUAUUCUAAAAUUGAUUAAAUAAUUUUUUUCUCAUCAAUCUACACACAAUACCCCAUAAUGACAAAGCGAAAACAGGUUUUUAGAAAUUGUAGCACAUUUAUUAAAAAUACAAACAUAAAUAACUUCUUUACAUAGGUAUUCAGACACUUUGCUAUGAGACUCAAAAUUGAGCUCAGGUGCAUCCUGUUUCCAUUGAUCAUCCUUGAGAUGUUUCUACAACAUGAUUGGAGUCCGCCUGUAGUAAAUUCAGUUGAUUGGACAUGAUUUGGAAAGGCACACACCUGUGCAUGUCAGAGCAAAAACCAAGCCAUCAGGUCGAAGGAAUUGUCCGUAAAGCUCCGAGACAGGAUUGUUGUCGAGGCACAGAUCUGGGGAAGGGUACCAAAAACUUUCUGCAGCAUUGAAGGUCCCCAAGAACACAGUGCCCUCCAUCAUUCUUAAAUUGAAGACGUUUGGAACCACCAAGACACUUCCUAGAGCUGGCCACCCGGCCAAACUGAGCAAUUGACAGAGCUCCAGAGUUCCUCUGUAGAGAUGGGAGAACCUUCCAGAAGGACAACCAUCUCUGUAGCACUUUACCAAUCAGGCCGUUAUGGUAGUGGCCAGACUUUAUUUGUAUUUUAUUUAACCUUUUAUUUAAAUAGGUUACUGACUGAAGCCAGACUGAGGCCACUCCUCAGUAAAACGCACAUGACAGCCCGCUUGGAGUUAAAGGACUCUGACCAUGAGAAACAAGAUUCUAUGGUCUGAUGAAACCAAGAUUGAACUCUUUGGCCUGAAUGCCAAGCGUCACGUCUGAAAGAAACCUGGCACCAUCCCUAUGGUGAAACAUGGUGGUGGCAGUAUCAUGCUGUGGGGAUGUUUUUCAGCGGCAGGGACUGGGAGACUAGUCAGGAUCGAGGGGAAAGAUGAACGGAGCAAAGUACAGAGAUCCUUGAUGAAAACCUGCUCCAGAGCGCUCAGGACCUCAAACUGGGGUGAAGGUUCACCUUCCAACAGGACAACGACCCUAAGCACACAGCCAAGACAACGCAGGAGUGGCUUCGGGACAAGUCUCUGAAUGUCGUUGAGUGGCCCAGCCAGAGCCCGGACUUGAACCCGAUCGAACAUCUCUGGAGACCUGAAAAUAGCUGUGCAGCAACGCUCCCCAUCCAACCUGACAGAGCUUGCGAGGAUCUGCAGAGAAUAAUGGGAGAAACUCCCCAAAAACAGGUGUGCCAAGCUUGUAGUGUCAUACCCAAGAAGCCUCCAGGCUGUAAUCGCUGCCAAAGGUGCUUCAACAAAGUACUGAAUACUUACGUAAAUGUGAUAUCAGUUUUUAUGUAAUUUCUUUAGUUAGCAAACAUUUCCAAAAAACGGUUUUUGCUUUGUCAUUAUGGGGUAUUGUGUGUAGAUUGAUGAGGGGGGGGGAAACAAUUUAAUCAAUUUUAGAAUAAGGCUGUAACGUAACAAAAUGUGGAAAAAGUCAAGGGGUCUGAAUACUUUCCGAAGGCACUAUGGCUUUCAGAUUCUGAAAGAUUGGUCAACUGGUUGGAGCAGGUAGGAACACCUGGCAAAUAACCACGCCCUUCUCCUCCUCCUCAGGAGCCAAAUCCAGAGGACCCCUUGAACAAAGAGGCGGCGGAGGUCCUGCAGACGAACCGAAGGCUCUUUGAGCAGAAUGUCCAGCGGUCGCUGCGGGGGGGCUAUGUGGGCGCCACGUAUUUUGAGCGAUGUCUCAAAUAGCUCCUCGCCCAUUUUGCUUUAAUUUCCCCCCCCCCAAGACGCAUUACCGUUUACACACGCUGAGAUACUGACUGACACACAGACUUGAGUGGUCGGGGAG